ACGAUAAUUGUGAUUGCGAUAGUUUUAAUGCCAGAAUUAGUGCACUCGAACAAGUGUUCAAUGAUGCACAAAACGGUAUUGUUACAAACAAACUUGUUGUCAACGAAAUUGUUAUCGAUCGCUGGAAAAUUUCAUAUGAAUCAAAUGCGGCGGCCUUGAUCUGCCGUGAUACGGAAGCCGAUGGCGAUAAAAGAUACGCCAUGUUUAAUGAUAAACACAUUGAUCUCUAA